UGCAUUUGCAUUCAGUACUUCCGCGGCGGACUUCCUUUCGACUUGCUCCCUACGCAUGCAAUGUGUUCUUUUUGCGAGCCAACAGUCCAUUUGUAACCCGUCUGCUCAGGUAGGAUUUGGAUAUGGACGGGCAUGGCCUCUGUAUUUGCUCGCAUUUGCUCGCAAGCCUCAUUUGGGUUUAUCGCUUAAGGUAUAGCCUUUUGCAGAGCCAAUGACGUAUCGAGCAAGCACCCAGUGCAAUCCAAGGCGAUGUAGCAACCUUUGACGAUCUGGAUCUUCAUGGAUCAUCCCCCAGAUGCCGUACCUGUGAAUGCCGCGGAGCUGCUUGAAGUUUGUUACUUUUUCGUCAGGUUUGAGUUGUGGCGGCAUGGUUGGAGUGGCCUGACGUUGGCCUGUCGUGUUACGUACACGAAUACCAUGUCUCCAAUUUCUUCCUAUACCGACAAACACCUCCACGAUUAUUCGUUCAACGUGAAUAGAUAUAUAAGGCUGUGUUUAUUGACUGAUUCUAGGGAGACAAUUCUUCAUCGACCUCGAGAAACAUGUUCGCAAGGACUACUACUAGACUUACCAGAAUGCUCAACUCUUCCGCUGCUGCACCUUUACGGAAUGGUGCCCCUGUCGCCGCUGCUGCCGGCGCCGGUGCUGCAUCCUUCCAUUCAUCCCCCCAAAGGCCAGCCUUGAGUCAAGAACACAUGGACAUUGUCAAAUCGACAGCACCCGUCCUCGCCGAACAUGGUGUCACCAUCACCUCUCACUUCUACAAGCGCAUGCUCAAUGCCCACCCCGAAUUGCGCAACAUCUUCAAUUCCGCCCAUCAGAGCACGGGCACUCAGCCGGCGGCCCUGGCCCAUGCGGUCUGGGCAUACGCAUCCAAUAUCGACAAUCUGGGAGCUCUGACAACGGCCGUUUCCCGCAUAGGCCACAAGCACGCCAGUCUUGGAAUCACCCCCGACCAGUAUCCAAUCGUGGGGGAACACCUGCUUGCUUCUAUUAAGGAAGUGUUGGGUGAUGCAGUUAACCAACCGGUCCUUGACGCCUGGGCGGCAGCCUACCAACAACUUGCCGAUAUCUUCAUCGACUUCGAGAAAGGCCUGUAUAAACAAGCAGAACAAACCCCAGGUGGUUGGGUAGGCUGGCGCAAGUUCAGGGUGGCUAAGAAAGUCCCUGAGAGUGACGAGAUCGUCUCCUUCUACCUCGAGCCUGUCGACGGAGGACCACUUCCGCACUUCAAGUCUGGUCAAUAUGUUUCCGUGAGGGUUUGGGUCCCUGAGCUCGGCGUCUACCAGCCACGACAAUACAGUUUGUCCGAUACCGACGACGGCAAACAUUUCCGUAUCUCCGUCAAGAGAGAGGCCGCCAAAGCGCCGGCACCCGCCGGACGCAUCUCCACUGUGCUACAUGAGCAGACGCCUGAGGGCACCGAAAUCGAUGUUAGCAACCCUUAUGGCGACUUCACCCUCGAUGUCGAGGCUACCGGGCCUGUUGUGCUCAUCAGCGGCGGUGUGGGCAUUACCCCUAUGCUCUCCAUGUUGGGAACGCUGGUUGAUCAUGCCCCGGACCGAAAAGUUGUCUUCAUACACGCCGCCCGCAACAGCAAGGUCCACGCCAUGAGGGACUACCUUUCUCGCAUCAUCAAGGACAACCCUCAGGUUUCGCGAGCUAUCUUCUACGAGGAAGUGAACGACUCCGACAAGAAGGGCGAAGACUACGAUUACGAAGGUCGGAUCGAUAUGCAGCAACUUAAAGACAAGGUCUUGCUACCGGACGCCAACUAUUACCUGUGUGGACCUAUCCCCUUCAUGAAGGCUCAGCAAAAGGCUCUUGAGGAACUCGGCGUCCCUUCAGAGCGCAUUCAUUCCGAGGUGUUUGGCUCGGGUGUGGCCUAGAUAUAGAUGACCACAGAAGAAAAAGAUAUGUAUUCUAGUCAUGCGGGUUUCGAGUUCGGGCAUUCGGUUAGGUAGCGUGGAUAGGACUUUUUUCUUUGCCCUGGGAGUUUUGAGAACUUCUUCCCAGGUGGGCAGAGUCCAACAUGAAAUUAUUCAACAACAUUCCCUGCUCUUACAAAACUGGAACCUGCCUCUGCAUCUGACUGUGCAUUCCCCCGGUCGCUUUCGCUUAACAUCGCGCAUCACAGAUGCACUUUUACAUAAUGGGCACGAAUCAAAGUGAGGGCCUUCCCCUCGGAAUCUAUCGCCAACGCAGGAGAUGGUAAGUUGGACCCCACACAAUACCGUAACGAGUCGCAGAUGAGUCUUCUACGCCUUGCAACAUCUUCAGCGAGACAAUCAGUUUUGCUUUCAGAGCGACGACGUAAAUCACCUCGAAUUUCCAAGUGUCUGGCGAAGAACGUGUUCCGGUAAUACCAUUGUAGACUGUCUAUGGCAUCGCCAAGAGAGUCCGCCGUUAGUCGACGAUCUUUUCACGCAGUUGUUUGUAACAAGACGCUGAUCCUGGUCACUCUUCUCUUCGACUGCGAGCGUGAAGCUUUGGCUGCCAUACAGGUGAAGACAUCUUUGGGCUUGAUAGGGCACUCGAACAGCUUGAACGGGGUGGAGACGAAGCUGUACAAAAGGACCAGAUAGAAGCAGCAAAAACGCUGCAUAUGGAGAACGUGAUCACCUUCCGCAGAGCCCAGGUACUGUAUAAUUUGAUGUCUUGCAGCAUGGUUCCCUUGGUAUGACUGAGGGCUUUCAAGCCGAAUCUAACACAACAGUCG